UAACUUUACCAAACUUUUCCCUGGAAAAGUGAUGAAGGACCAGAUGUGGAAGUGUGCCAAGUCCACUACUAUGCCUUACUAUCUUAAUGACAUGGAGGAGAUGAAAGCCCUUGAUGAGGAUGCUUACAAUUGGAUGACAGAGGAUGAGAAGCCUCCUAAACAUUGGUGUAGGGCAUUCUUCAACACAACCAGUAACUGUGACAUUAUGGACAACAAUCUAUGUGAGAGUUUCAACUCAUGGAUUGUGGAAGCUAGAAAGAAGCCACCAGUCACCAUGUUUGAAGAAAUAAGAUUGAAGCUUAUGAAGAGGAUUCAGGUGAGAAGGGCAAAAAUGGAGGCUUAUGAAGGAAAUAUCUGCCCCAAGCCAAGGCAGGUGUUGGAGAAGAGUAAGGCGAAGGCUGCAACCGAUUGCACUCCUACAUUCAAUGGUGGGGAUGAAGCUGAGGUUGAGAAUAUAGAAGGAAACAAGAAUGUUGUGAAUCUAAGGUUGAGGACAUGCAGCUGCAGGAGGUGGGAUUUGACUGGAAUCCCAUGCAAGCAUGCAGUUUCAGCCAUAAACUUUCUUAGGCAAGACCCCGAUGAGUAUGUUGCUGAUUGUUAUUUCAAGAAGAGGUAUAUGGCAAUCUACAGCAAUUUCAUCAAGGCUGUUAACAGCAUGGACUUGUGGGGAAGAUGUGAAGAUCCACCAAUCUUACCUCCAACAUAUUCAAGGCAGCCGGGUAGGCCUAAGACACAAAGGAUUAAGGAUUUCUCUGAAAAGCUUCAAACAGCUGAGGGUAAACUUGGAAGGCAGCAGAGAUCCCUUAAGUGUGGGAAUUGUCACCAAGUAGGCCAUAAUGUUAAAACUUGUCAAAGGCAUUUGCCGCCGAAGGAAAACAAGAAGAGAAAGGUCAGCAAUGAAGAAGGUCAAGGUUCUGAUCAGGCCAAGAGAGGGAAGAAAGGUUCUAUGUCUGCAAAUGAAUUGAGGAAGAAAGCAAGGGAGAGAGCAGAGUAUCAAAGAAGAAAGUUUGCUGCUGCCAAAGCUGCAAAGCUGGCAGCAAAUAGGUCUGCCCCAUCCACAUCAAGGCCUGCACAAUCUACAACCACACCUACAAGCUCCAGGCCAGCCCAAGUUGCAUCUGCCCCAACCAGACCUACGCGUUCAAGGCCUCCACAACCUUCAACAUCAUCAAGCAAGCAGGCUGCAACUUCAAGAAGGACAUCUCAAAGGAUCAGAGAAAGAUGAAUCGAGGAGAAAUACAAGCUGGGUGUUUGUUGUUGAUGAAUAUUUGAGGGUCUGUAGUG